GCCAGGAGCUGGUACUCCUGGCCGGAGGCAAAGGCUCCGCGGGAGUGAUCCUGGGGCCCGGGCUGGUGGCCGGCGCGGCCUGCCCUUUGUGCUUUCUGCCCGCAUCCGUGCCGAGGGCCGCCGCGUCGGGCUCCCCGGCGCGCGUGCCCGCCAGCGCGCUGCCUAGCCUGGGAUGUGCCGGGGAUGCGCGCCCGCCGGCCCUGCGGCUCCUGGCAGCUGGGCGCGGGGCGAUGGAGCUGAGCAUGAAGAAGUUCACUGUGCGCAGGUUCUUCUCCGUGUACCUGCGCAAGAAGUCGCGCUCCAAGAGCUCCAGUCUGAGUCGCCUCGAGGAAGAAGGCAUUGUGAAGGAGAUUGACAUUAGCAGUCAUGUGAAGGAAGGCUUUGAGAAGGCAGACCCCUCCCAGUUCGAGCUGCUAAAGGUUUUAGGACAAGGGUCGUAUGGAAAGGUGUUCUUGGUGAGGAAGGUCACAGGAUCGGACGCUGGUCAGCUCUACGCCAUGAAGGUCCUGAAGAAAGCCACCUUGAAAGUGCGAGACCGGGUCAGAUCUAAGAUGGAGAGAGACAUCCUGGCAGAGGUGAACCACCCUUUCAUCGUCAAGCUGCAUUACGCCUUUCAGACCGAAGGCAAGCUCUACCUGAUCCUGGACUUCCUGCGGGGAGGCGACCUCUUCACCAGGCUUUCCAAAGAGGUGAUGUUCACGGAGGAGGAUGUCAAGUUCUACCUGGCUGAGCUGGCCCUGGCUCUGGACCACCUCCACGGCCUGGGGAUCAUCUACAGGGAUCUGAAGCCGGAGAAUAUCCUCCUGGAUGAAGAGGGACAUAUUAAGAUCACAGAUUUUGGCUUGAGCAAGGAGGCCAUUGAUCAUGACAAGAGAGCCUAUUCAUUUUGUGGGACUAUUGAAUACAUGGCGCCCGAGGUGGUGAAUCGGCGUGGACACACACAGAGUGCCGACUGGUGGUCCUUCGGUGUGCUCAUGUUCGAGAUGCUCACAGGCUCCCUGCCAUUCCAGGGGAAGGACAGGAAGGAAACAAUGGCGCUCAUCCUCAAAGCCAAGCUGGGCAUGCCCCAGUUCCUCAGCGCGGAGGCCCAGAGCCUGCUCAGGGCCCUUUUCAAGCGGAACCCCUGCAACCGGCUAGGUGCUGGCGUUGACGGAGUGGAGGAAAUUAAACGUCACCCGUUCUUUGUCACCAUAGACUGGAAUAAGCUGUACCGCAAGGAGAUCAAGCCGCCCUUCAAGCCAGCCGUGGGCAGGCCUGAGGACACCUUCCACUUUGACCCCGAGUUUACUGCAAGGACCCCCACAGACUCUCCUGGCGUCCCCCCGAGUGCGAACGCCCACCACCUGUUCCGAGGAUUCAGCUUCGUGGCCUCCAGCCUGGUCCAGGAGCACUCCCAGCAGGACGUGCCCAAGGUCCCCAUUCACCCAAUCGUGCAGCAGUUACACGGGAACAACAUCCACUUCACCGAUGGCUAUGAGAUCAAGGAGGACAUCGGGGUGGGCUCCUACUCGGUGUGCAAGCGGUGUGUCCACAAAGCCACGGAUGCUGAGUACGCAGUCAAGAUCAUCGAUAAGAGCAAAAGGGAUCCCUCAGAGGAGAUAGAGAUCCUCCUGCGGUAUGGCCAGCACCCCAACAUCAUCACCCUAAAAGAUGUCUACGAUGACGGCAAAUACGUGUACCUGGUGAUGGAGCUCAUGCGAGGUGGGGAGCUGCUUGACCGUAUCCUCCGUCAGCGGUGCUUCUCAGAGCGUGAGGCCAGCGAUGUGCUCUAUACCAUCGCCAGGACGAUGGAUUACCUGCACUCCCAGGGGGUUGUUCAUCGGGACCUGAAACCAAGCAACAUUCUGUACAUGGACGAGUCUGGGAACCCCGAAUCGAUCCGCAUCUGUGACUUCGGGUUUGCCAAGCAGCUGCGAGCGGAAAACGGGCUGCUCAUGACCCCCUGCUACACUGCGAACUUCGUGGCUCCUGAGGUCCUGAAGCGGCAAGGCUACGAUGCGGCGUGUGACGUCUGGAGCUUGGGAAUCCUGCUGUACACCAUGCUGGCUGGGUUCACUCCCUUCGCCAACGGCCCAGACGAUACCCCCGAGGAGAUCCUGGCGAGGAUUGGCAGCGGGAAGUACGCCCUUUCUGGGGGGAACUGGGACUCCAUAUCUGAUGCGGCCAAAGACGUCGUGUCCAAGAUGCUCCACGUGGACCCGCAGCAGCGCCUAACCGCAGUUCAGGUGUUGAAGCACCCGUGGAUCGUGAACAGAGAGUGCCUAUCCCAAAACCAGCUGAGCCGACAGGAUGUCCACCUGGUGAAGGGCGCCAUGGCGGCCACCUACUUUGCUCUGAACAGGACCCCGCAGGCUCCGAGACUGGAGCCUGUGCUCUCGUCUAGCUUGGCCCAACGCAGAGGCAUGAAGAGACUCACGUCUACCCGGUUGUAGUGGCCAGCCAAGUCCAGCCUCAGCCCCUCUGCCCAACGUCCUCUCAGGCUCACAGACGCCAGACACAGGUCCUGUUGGUGGGCACCUGAGUGACCGUGAGCCCAGCACAAAAACGGAUCUGGCCUUGGCUGUCUCUGCUUCCUUUGCAGCCCUGGGAAGGGUCCUGCCCAGGAUGUCUGAGCCUUGCUGCUGCGCCGACCUCGCCGCCUGCUCUCCUCCCGCGUGAAACCAAAUGAAUUUGUCACCUCAUAGCACCCCCGCUGGAGCCUCUCUGGGCUCGCUCAGGGCUCUUGGUGUCUCCAUGUCAUGGCUUAUGCUCAAAGCAGAGCUCUUUUACCAUCCUGAUGUCACCUACGUGUCCCACUGUCUAAGGGUGUUGGUGCACGGCCCCUGCCAGGAGACUGCUGCUCUGGAAGAGCUGCGUGCUACCAGAUGUCCUGGUGACACCAGCGGCUGUGUGAAGGCGUCCAGCUUAAAUGCUUGGUUCUGUCCACAAUCUCCCAAAGAGUGCCCCUCACACCUUCCGGUUCACAAGCGAGACACUGGGUAGCCUCUCCCUGACUCUUGUCACUGGCAGGUUAAAAGCCACCAACCCAAGAGUCUGGAUGGCCGAGUCUGUUUGAGAGCCUGAUUUGUGUUGGUUGGGAUAGGAGCUCUAGGACAUUGCUGGGCAGAGCCGGUACCCACUGUGCUGCUGUCCCCUAACCCUGUGGCCCCAGAGACACUGGAGAGAAUGGGGCUCUGCCAUCGCAGGGUGUGUUGGCAGCCAUUACACGUGUUUGCCUGAGGUGGUAUAGCAUACUCACUCUCUGCUUUCCUGGGCCACAGAGAAUGUUUUCUCCCCUAUUCCUUCCUGACUGAGGACAGGAGAGACACCUGAGCCCCUCGGCUGUAGGGAGGCAGAAGGUGCCGGGGCAGGUUGUCGGCAGGAGUGCUGCUCUUCGUAGACGCUGUGGUCCUGUUGCAUCUUGUGUUUCUGCUGUCUAACCUGUUUUCAGGCUGCGGUCUGUGCAGGCAGCAGUAGUUACACUGGCCAGGCUGUCUGUGUACACUCUCCAUGCAGAGUAACAGAGUGAGAGCCUUCCCGCAUGGCAUGUUUGGCUCCGCCUGGUCCUAGAGGAGGGACUUGUGUGUCCUGCAGUCUCUCUGGGGGCUUCUGAGGAUAGCAGACUACAGCAGAGGAUACUCCACUGUGGCUCAGAACCUGCCAGUCUGAGAAGCAGGCCCUCUGCUCAGGAGGCGUAGGCCGCCCUGUGGGCCACAGCAGGCUCGCACUAGGAAGACCACAGAUGAUCGCGGCUGUUUCUCCAACUCCGGCCUCAGUGGAAUGUUCGGCACAGAAUUCCUUUGCGCAGUCUAAUUAUUUCAGACCUCAAAAUGUAAACGUAUUUCACAAGCUUUACUUAUUCCUCUGGACUCUGGUCUGCCUGAGAAUUAUAAAAUACAGAGUGGGGACAGACUCCGCGCCAUCUUCGGUGUCCCUGGGUUCCCUGGGGACGUUCCGUGCUUUCUCAGUGGAUGCUCUGCCCAAAGCUGAGAUCACCUCCCGGUUAAUGUUUUAGGGAAAGUACAGUGGGUUGUCACAGUGACGGAUCCUGUCCUCUGGGGCGUGAACAGGAGCUCUGACACCCUGAGGCCUUCUCCAGCCUGUGUCCUGCUCCAGCUGCUCACAGCUCCAGGCUGGGUUUGCUUGCAGCUUCAAGUGCGUGUGUUCAGAUGGAAAAGAAAGAAAACACCAGAACAGGAGGCGUGGCUUAGGAAGUGCGCCUAGCGUGCCCCCGCUCGUGGUUACACGGUCGCAUCACCUCCAUCUACCGAUGCCGGGUUAUCUGCCUUACACUCAGUCCACUCUCGCCAAAGGGACGGAGGUGACCAGCACACCAAAUGUAUCCCCGAAGCGUCUGAAAGGGAUGCUGGCCCAGCCUUGCUCUGCUGAGAGUGAAGAACCCCCACAUCCCCACCCUCACCUAGUACUUGAUACUUGAAAUCUCUCGUGGAGUCAGCCGGAGGAGCACGUGAUUGUUUUAAUCCCCGGUCUUUAAAGUCUAAAGUGCCACAGCAGGUGGCUGCGGCAUGUAACCCCGAGUCCCCAGUGUUUACGUGUCCUGUGACCCUUGACCCAACUCGAUGAAGGGCCCCGUAUUCUCUACACAAAUGGCUACUUGUGUAGCUACGAAAGCCCAGCCUACAUCCUGGGACUCUUAGCCACUGUCAGGCUAUCCCACUGGCGGUUCCUGUCCUGUUUGGGCUGAGAACACGGUGAGUGUCCCAACGAAGAAGGUGGGAGUGGGGUGCUUGUCAGAUUCUCCACCCCAGAGUCAAUGGCAGGCAAGCCGUGAACACCCCUGUCCUGUGGCUCGAACAUGUGUGAUUUUUGAACUACCUGUGUGUACUGAUCUUUGGAUAUUAUUUGGCUUUUUAAGCGAAGAUCAUCCUGAUGGCUUCUAACGUUGGCAGUAUUCUUUAUUAAAUGGUGUUCUUCCUUUACGACGCCCUUUGGGAUUCCCCCACCUCACCCCAACGCCCCUGAGUCGGACUGCGUCUCUCAAGCACAGGAGGAGAGACACCGUGACUCUUCAUCCUCUCGGGCACGGUUUGCUGCCCCUCCCCACCGCAAGACUGUGAGGCACCUGGAAUGGAAACGCUCCCUGUGACCCCUAAGUGGCAGGGCCAGGUGGAGGGGAAGCCAGCACAGCUCCUCCGUGCAGGUGACGUGUACCUGUCCACCCCACUCCCACGCGCGCUGCGUUUUCAGGCUCAGCAGUUCUGUUUACAGCUCACUCCACGUUCACACUUUCUGUCUGUGUUUGAGACGGGCGGCCACUGUACAGAUAUUUAUUAUGCUUUCCAGACUUUCCCAUGAGAUUUUUGAAUAAACAUGGAUUUUAUGAAGUGUAA